CAGCUCUUUCUGCGCUCUGGAGGUCUCAACUCUCCUUCUAGCUUCUGCUCUCUGUCUCUAUCUUUUUAAUUGCUUUGCGUCUUUCUUUUCCUCUUUCUCCCCCUCCCCUCCACUUCUCCUAUAGUUUGCAACAUCUCCUUCCUCUGUCUCUCUAUUCUUAUUUAUAUAUAUAUAUAUAUAUAAAUCCCAUUUCCCACCCCCUUUCCAAGUCAUUAUUUCUCCCCUCUGCCUGCUUGCACUGGAGACGUUAAAGGAACAGAGUGGAAAAAUACCCCGUUGACAAAAGGGGGGAGGGGGCAAGAAGAGAACAAACAAACACUCACAACAGAUCAAAGAAUCCACCAACCAAAUCCCAAUAGACGAACCACAAAUGACCAAAAGGAAAAAAUGGAACUGCACAUUUUAGAGCACCGGCUGAAAGUGGCCAGUGUGGCUAAGGAGAGGAUACAGUUGUUUACCUAUGGCUUGAUCAAACUGGCUUUUCUCUCCUCCAAAACAAGGUGCAAGUUUUUCAGCCUGACGGAAACACCUGAGGACUACACAAUCAUUGUAGAUGAAGAAGGCUUCCUAGAGCUCCCUUCAUCAGAACACCUGAGUGUGGCAGAUGCUACAUGGCUGGCCCUCAACGUCGUUUCCGGAGGAGGCAGUUUCUCCAGCUCCCAGCCCAUCGGAGUGACCAAGAUCGCCAAGUCAGUAAUAGCUCCGCUAGCUGAUCAGAACAUCUCAGUAUUCAUGCUCUCCACCUACCAGACGGACUUCAUCUUGGUACGCGAGCGGGACUUGCCCUUUGUAAUGCACACGCUGGCUGCCGAGUUUACCAUCCUCCGGGUCGUGAACGGGGAGACGGUGGCCGCUGACAGCCUUGGGAUAACGAACGGAUUUAUGAAGCCAAAACUAGUCCAGAGACCCGUCAUUCAUCCCCUUUCCAGUCCAAGUAAUAUGUUUUGUGUCACCAGCUUGGAUCCUGACACCCUUCCCUCUGUUGCUACACUCCUUAUGGAUGUCAUGUUUUACUCCAAUGGAGUAAAAGAGUCUGCGGCGAGCAGUGAAGACUCUGGGCACAUUCGCUUUUUCUCGUUUUCUCUUAUCGAGGGUUACAUUUCUUUGGUGAUGGAUGUACAGACGCAGAAAAGGUUUCCUAACAAUUUGUUGUUUACAAGCGCAUCAGGAGAACUCUGGAAGAUGGUUCGGAUCGGAGGGCAGCCCCUCGGCUUUGAUGAAUGUGGAAUCGUUGCUCAGAUUUCUGAGCCUCUGGCUGCCGCUGACAUACCUGCCUAUUAUAUCAGUACUUUCAAGUUUGAUCAUGCACUGGUACCAGAAGAAAAUAUAAACGGUGUUAUCAACGCACUCCAAGUUAGUCAAGCUGAAAAACAUUAGGGCCCCUUCUGAGUGGGAUCUAGAUCAGGGCCAAAGGAGAGGGACACAGCCUUGAUUAGAAGGAUGAGAAGAAUGGUACCUGAUGGUGACACAUUCCCCGUGAAAACCCAAUUGUCCAGCAGGAACUCUGUUGCCACACAUCUCUGUGGAAUGCACAGGAAAUGGUACAAUGGCAAAGCUCUCGUACAGCGCCUGUCAGUGCCUUUUGAAGUGUGUACAGAACUUCUGUGGCACAUUGUAAGGUAUACGACUCACCCUUCAUACAUCUUUUGACAACCAGGUUGUACUACUGUGAUAGAUCAUUCCACUAACAAUCCACGCAGAUUGUGAGGGAUUCAGGCAGUGGGGUGGUUACCUGGUUUUUUGGAUGGAGAAGGGAUUACUUCUGAACCGCUGUACACCAGGCCCUUCCUCAUGUUUCUGCAAUCAUAUGCCUCUACAAGAGCCCUCUACAGUGACUGAAUACAUUUUUGCUGCAAAGUU